GGUGUAGAAGGUGCGGACGGGCAGGCCAGCCAUGGAUCCGUCGCCGCCACGGAUGAGCUAUGGACCUUUGGUGCCCAUUUCGUAUGCUGAUCUGCUGCGGGACCCUGCGCAGAGGCACCGCUUCGGCAUCAAACGUACGCAAUAGAGCCCAGACAGAUAUACACAACACAGCAUAGACGGCCCGAAACGAUGUAUGUGUUGUUGGCGUGCUGUGCUCUGGUCUGAAAUGUGAUUGCAGGUCAGUUUGUGUUGGCCGAUUCGCAGAUGGCGAUAGAAACCAUAACGAAGCUGCCGGCUGCGUUAUGGAAUCCCGUGAUGUGCCCAGCGAUGCCCCGCCCCGGGUCGUCAUCCUUUCACCCGCCAGUAGUUGUGUCUGCGGCAUCGCUGGGGCUGACAGCGGAUGGCCAGGGCGACCCCAACCUGCGCGGAGAGCUGCUGGCCUGCCUGCAACAAGGGGGCGAGAGAGGUGCCUACACAGGGGAGGGAAUAGCACAAUUAAGCUGCAUGGAAACAGACAGACAGGGAUGUGCAGUGAGUGCAUGUGUUCUGUGUUUGUGUGUGUGGGUCAUCCAUCGAUGGUUGUGUUGUGUACAUCAAUCACAGCGGUCGGUCAGCCCCCGGCCAUUCGUUUGGUGGAGAUCAAGGACCCCACGCACCAUGUGCGCCUCACUACGCCACCUGACCAGAAAUGCUAUGGUACGCACGCACAAAGCCAGCCACCAACCGCUCACACGCGGGGCAACCGACGGAAGGACCGCACACAACACACAUCUUCUUACUUUUGCCUGACUGAUUGACAGGUGUGGGAUACUUCGGCGCCCCUGUGCCGGCGUCGCCCCGUCCAGUCAUUUUGGGCUACUACACCGGUCUGCUGCGCCUGACCCCUCCCUCACAUCUCUCACAGGCGUCAUCCACCACAGUCGAGGCGGCAGCGGCCGCUGCAGCUGCCGAACACAACCUCAUGGUGCGGAAAGAAAGGAGAUGACCGGCAGACAGACAGACUGGCACACGGAUGGAUGGAUGGAUGGAUGGAUGGAUGGACGCCUUUGCGUGUGUUGUGUAUUGCAGGGGUUCAAGAUGCCGCUGAAGCUCAUCACAAGGUCGACUCAACACAAUGCCGCCGUAGUCAUGGCCGAGAUCGACGCCCAGAGCGGCGGCAACGAGCUGGCGUUCCUCAAUCACCACGCGGCCAUCGAGCCCUUUGGCCGGUCGCAGGAGGUCAACUGUCGGCUCCACAUAGUGUACGCCUCGAUGGCUGUCGAGUGCGGGGCGGGCGGGGGCGUGGGCGAGGAGGCCAGGCUGUGGUGGCCCCAUCUAGUGCUCACUUCGAUCCCAAACGCGCCGCUGCUGCCCGGGGUGAGCGAUAGAUGGAACGGACACAGACAGACAGAGAAGGGCCUACCAGCACGGCUGUCUAUCGUGUGAUGGAUGUGUGAUGUCUUUGCCUUUGAUUUGAUUGAUUGUCAGCGUGAGCUGUUGAUUGACUUGGGUAGCCGUUGGUUUGAGCACAAGAAGAGGGCCGUGAUGCAGCAGAUACACAUGCAGCUGCUGCGCCAACGAAUGUACACACGUGUAAUUGUGAAUCAGACAGAUCCACCACACACACACACACACACACACGCACACACACUUUUUCCAAGGCCCACUGCACGCGCAUCUGUCUGUCUGUCCUGUUGUUCUCUCCUUGGUUUUCAGCCCAUGCACCCCCGCCCCUGACCCCUCCGCAUCCGCCAUUUCGGAUGAUCUGCGCGCCCUCACCUCUUCGUGCAGCUCCAUCCUGGCCCGUCUGGACCGUCUCGAGGGCCUCAUACCAUCCCACCCCCAGCACCAGCACCACUCCCCCCCCUCCCCCACCCUCCCCCCAUCGGCGCACACGCGCUCACGCAAGCGGGGCGUCUCACCCACCGGUGCAUCGCAGGCCAGCAGCGAGGUUCCGCAGGUCAACGGCCACCACUACCACCAGCAGCCAGCUGCUGUGGCUGCAUCAGCAUCAGCGGCAGCAUCAGUGGCGGCAUCGGCAUCGUCUUCAAGCGACGGCAAGCGGAAGGGCGGCGGGUCCAAGGGUCGCCACCAUGGCGUUGGUCGUCCGAUGCGUGAGGACGAGUAUUGGGUGGCGGGGCUGGCUGAGCCGGCGCAUGACGAUGACCAGGCCGUGCAGGAGGCUGUCGCUAUGAUCAAGGCCAACAAGGUAGGUAGGAAGGCCAUGCAUGGCUUGGGAGGGAGGGAGGGAGGGAGGGAGGGUGGAGUGAAAAGGCGAUAGAUAGAUAGAUCUGUAUGUACAGGGUCGGUCUUUGGCUCUUUCUUUGUGGUGUGCGUUGGUUGCUGUCUGUGUGCCUUCCUUCCUUGGUGUGUUGUUCGUUCAGCAAGUGUCGGGUGUGCGGUACGUGACGCAUAACAAGGCCUGGGUAGCGACCAAGAGGAGCGGCGACUCCGAGAGGGUCAAAUCCUACUCCAUCAAACUGCACGGAUUCAAACGGUAGGUACCUACCUAUACCUACCCACACACACUCAGACCAGACAGAGCCACCUACACCCUCUCUCAUCUCCCUCUCUCCGACUGUCCUGUCCCUUCAUGCCUCAGUGCCCGUCGUCGUGCCGUCCGUGCCAUCGAGAUGAUGAAGCAGCACCUAGAAGUAGUCGACAGCGAUACCGCCGAUGCGUCACGGCCAUCCAAACGCGCCCGCAACGGCACCACCAGCAGCAUGACCGGCGGUGCCGCUGGUGGUGCCGCUGGUGGUGCCGCUGCAGCGGCCAGCAGCAGCAGGGACGCGGGCAAUGAGGACGAGUCGCACACGCACAUAGAAAUUGGGGGCGGUGAGCUGUUGAAGGGGGGUUACGAGCUCCCCCCUGCACACGCGUCGCUGGAGGACUACGUGCGGCAGACGGUGAAGGAGCCGCCUCUGGACAACAGCGAGGAAAUCAACAAGACCAUCGCACUGCUGCCCAAAGUACGUACGUACGUACGUACGUGAUUUGGCCCCAGGGAGAGACAGAUGGGAUGUGGGUCUGUCUGUCUGUCCGUGAGUUGAUUGACUAAAGUUGCUUGCUCGGUUUGUUGUGUGUCGUUGUCUGUCCGUAGGUGAAGGGUGUGUCUUAUUGUGCAUAUGAGCAGAGCUGGCGUGGGUCGUUCAAGCAGAAGAAAGGCGGAGAGCCGCUCUCGCGCACCUACCUGGCGGAGGAGGCCGGCGGAUUCAUCGAAGCAUGGUAUGGUGCGCCAUUCGAUUCAUCCAGACAGACGCGUUCAGAGAGAGGGACACAGCACUCACAGCUAGAGGCAGGCAGCUGUGAGUGCUGUCUGUAUGUAUGUGUGUGCGUGCGGGUUUGUCUCUCUUGUGGUCACACAGGUGUCGCGCUGUCCACGCACGUCGCAUAUUCCGGCUCGGCGGUACAUACAUGCCCAGUCAGUCAGUCAGUCAUGUUUGCACAGACAGACACCCAUGCACAUGAGGACUCACUCCUGCCAUCCGCGUGUCCACAGGUGACGAGUCCGCGGCGCCCCCGACGAGCGGCCCCUUCACCCCGCCGUCGUCCCGCGGCGGCAACGCGUCAUCGACCACAUCACUGGCCUCACUCAUGGGCAGUGAGAAGCGGCCCCUGCCCAUGUACUCACACCCCAGCAAGCGGGGCGGCAACAAGCGCGACGGCCUGGGAUAUGGCGAGGGUGUGGGGCAGCAGGACAGCGACGCGGCAUCGAUGAUGAAGAUCACCAUCACCAGCAUCCAAGACGAUAUCAGGUGAGGAGCGACUGACCUUGCUGGCCAAUGGCCGUCCAUGGUCCUUAACGUCCUGUAUGUAUGGGUGUCGUUUACAGGGUGGCACCUGUGAUGAGCGGCAGCAGCAGCAGCGGCAACCGUGGCGCCUCCUCUGCUGCCGCCCCCGCGGUCCCAGCUGGCGCAGCAUGUGUAUCGUCACAGCUGAUGGAUGUGGACUAUAGCUCCGGGUUGGCAGGUGACGAUCGCAUAGAGGAGGAGGAGGAGGGCAUGGAGGCAGAGGACGACGACGAACACCAAGAGCAGAGAGAGGAGGAGGAGGAGGAACAAGGUAGGUACAUAUAUGUGGAUGUAUGGAUGGAUGGAUGGAUGAGCAACAUGUUAUGCGUGGCUGCAUACAUAACAUGUUGUAUGGUGUUUUGUGUCUGUCGGGUGGGGUUUAGGUAUGGAGGGCGAGGAGGAGGAGUUCGUUCCGACCAUGGCCGAGUAGAUGGACGGACACAUGGAUGGAUGGAUGGAUGGUAGUCAGUCACAUUCAAGGGGCAGGGAGGGAGCGGCCCGGCCGCAGUAGCCAGCCGCCAAGCCAAUCCAUGCGCUGUGUGUGUUUGUUUAUCUUUAUCAUAUCGAUGGAUGGGUGAGGUCGAUGUAUUCGAUGGGAUGGACGGGUUGGUUCUUCCUGUUUUGAUUGACCAGACAGACUAUUAGACACACGUCCGUGUUUGGCAUACAUAGACAGGAGCGCAGGUCACAAGUCGAUAUACGCCAGCCACGCACAGCCACCCCCCACCCCCACUGCUGCCCUGCCCUGCCCUGCCCCGUCUGUCUGUCUGUCUGUCCGUCUGUCUGUCUGUAUGUAUGUCUGCACGUGGUGUGUGCUGUGCAAGUAUGUAGAAUGUCUAGCCGGCAUGGCAUCCAUCUGUCUGUCUGUAUUGUGUGUGUCAAUACAUUUGUUCCUUUUGGCCGGCGUCCUGGCCGAUCGACCACGAGUGUGUGUGUGGUUCCUUUGACGACACGAGAGGGAGGGAGGGAGGACGUGUGUUUAUAUAUACUUGUCUGUCUGUCUGUCUGUAUCGUAUCGAUCAACCAAUCAACGCGUUGAGUUGAAU